AAUGAUAAAGAAAAUGAGAAAAAUUCUCAUUCAAACCUUAUUCAUUAUUUUCAUUUGGUUUGAGAUAAUUAUUCAAGUAAGUUUGUUGAAUUUAGCAAGAGGAAAGUUAUCUUUUCAAAGUUCUACUAGUGGAAGUAUAAAUACUCAUAGUGCACCUCAGUAUGCUAAUGAUGAUAAUCAUGAGCACUGUUCAAGUACUGACAGUGAUAUUGCAGAUUUCUCUUGGUGGUCGGUUGAUCUUGAACAAGAAUACGAUAUCACUAAAGUAUGCCUUUUGAAUGUCAAUGAUAAUGUCUAUAAUAAUUUAAAAGAAUUCAAUAUUUUUGUUGGCAACUAUCCAAAUGAUGAAAAGAUUGUAUGCAGAUAUGUGGACGAAACAGUACAAAGACCAAAUUCAAAUCUUGUUUCUCAAUACAAUUGUUACACAUGUGUCACUAAGGCAAUUGGUUCAUUUGUGACAAUAAAAUUAACCACAAUUAAUAUAAAGUUAAUAUUAUGUGAUGUAGAUGUUAAAGGAAUGUUGAUUGAUGAUAAAAGAGGUUUUGAAUUAUUAAAUUUGAACAAAUUGAUUACAAUGACUGGUGGACAGCACAAAAGUUGGUCUAAAGAGAAAGGAUAUGAUAAUAGUUACAAAACACUUUUUCAUUCAAGAAGUUAUUUUUCAACACCAUACUUUUUAAUUGAUGCUGUUCAAACAUUGAAUGUACAUAGAAUUAUUAUUGUUUCAUUAUACAAUGAUGAUUAUCAUAAAAGAUUUGAAAAAACUUACAUUUCAAUUAAAGGAAUACCUGCAACAGAUUUGAAUUUUAAUAGUAGAUUUUGUGUUGAAAAUCUUUCUGGCCACUUUAGAACAACUUAUGAAUUAUUCAACAUUGAAUGUAAUCCUAUUCUAACUGGAAGAUAUAUAAUUAUCAAUCAGAAUGUUGGCACCAAAGAAAAUAGAUUUUUAGAAUUUAUGGAAAUGUAUAUAUAUAUUUCAAAUAUUGAUGAAAACCACCCAAAAGAAUUUGGACAUGUUUCUAAACCAUCUAUCAUUGAUGCAAAAUUAAAUAGUGUUGCUUUAUCAAGUAAUCAAUUGACACUUUUACAAGAUAACAUCUACUAUAUUAAUGAUAAUACUGGGAAAAUAGAUUUGGUGACCAAUGAUAAUCUGCUCCUAACUACAAAACUAACUCAUCUCAAUCAGAUUUGCUUAACAGUUUUUCAUGCUUCAAGUUUCACACCAGGAAUUGAAAUAAAAAUUAGAAAUUUUUUAAAUAAUGAAAUAAUUGAAAGAGAAACAAAUGGAAAUUUUAAACAUUCCCAUACAAUUUGUGUAAAAACCCCAUUUCUGUUGACAAAGGACAUAGAAAUUCUAUCCAAAAAUAACCAAGGAUUAGCAGAAGUUGAUCUUAUUGCACUUUCUGAUUCACCUAAAUGCCUUCAAAGAAAUGAUGAAUGGGCAUUUCCAAAUUCUUCACUACCAGUUAAUAAUGAACAAUACUUACAUUUUCUUUUGAAAGUUGCUAAUGAAAAUGAAGAAAUUACAAUUUAUGGAUCAACAACUACUGUUAGGCAGAAGAAAACAGCAAGUGAUUUAUACUUAGGAGGGUCUCCUCUAAGGGUAGGGCUAAUGGAAAAGGUUAGGUACAGCUAA